AUGUACAUCUUGGCCUUGUUUGGAAACCUGCUCAUCAUCCUGACAGUAAGCGCUGACUCCCAUCUCCACACACCCAUGUACUUCUUCCUCUCCAACCUGUCCAUGGUUGAUAUUGGUUUCAUCUCCACCACUGUGCCAAAGGUUAUUGUGGACAUCCAAACCCACUGCCAAGUCAUCUCCCAUGUGGGUUGCCUGACACAGAUGUCACUGAUCAUAAUUUUUGCAUGCAUGGAUAACAUGCUUCUGGCUGUGAUGGCAUAUGACAGGUUUGUGGCCAUCUGCCACCCUCUGUAUUACCAGGUCAUUAUGAAUCCCAGUCGCUGUGGUGUCUUACUUUGUGGGUCUCAUUUGUCCAUUGUCUGCCUGUUUUAUGGAACAGGACUAGCAGUAUACUUUAGCUCUUCUCUGUCACAUUCUCCAAGAAAUAAUGCAGUGGCCUCAGUGAUGUACACUGUUGUUACUCCAAUGCUGAAUCCCUUCAUCUACAGCCUGAGGAAUAAGGACAUUAAAACUGCCUUAAGGAAAAUUCUUUGCAAAGCAUUCUAA